ACAGAAAGUGAAAGCAACUAAAAGGAUUAACAAGUAUUCAAGUUCUGUAGUUGUAUUGUUUUUUUUCUAAGUUAAAAUGAUAUCCAAAUUGGUAUUAGUCGCUUGUUUGGUAUAUAUCUCAACAAUUUCAUGGAGUAAUGCUGAAUCUUUGGAUACAGAGUCAAGUGCAACUGGAUUGACUGUUGGUGAUUUAGUUGCUGCUGCAACCAAUGGCUGGGAACAUAAAGGAUGGAGUCAGCCAAAAGGUUGGGAUGCCAAAGGUUGGGAACACGAUGAAUGGGCUUCCCGUGAAGGUAAAAAAGGCGGCCACAUGAAUAAAUAUAAGGAUUGGGGAGAUAAAAACAAGAAAUACGAUGACUGGAAGAAACACAGUGAAGAAUGGGGCAAAAAGGGAAAUGGAGCUCAUCACGAUGAAAAACAUUGGGCUGACAAAGGAUGGAAAAAGUAUGACGAUGGAAAGAAGGGUAAAAAAAUGGAACACUGGGAUCAGGGUAAGAAAGAAGACCACUGGAAGAAAUGGGAAGAUAAAUGGAAUUACGACAAAGACAAAGGUCAUGGUUAUGUAAAAUCUUACUCAUGGGACAAGGAACAUGCCAAGAAGUAUAAGCAAGGAUCAAAGGGAGGUCAACACAAGGACUACAAACACGGAGAGAAGAAAGACAUUUGGGAAAAACACAACGCUAAUGACCAGGGACAUUGGAAACAAGGUGGCUACAAACACAACGAUGACUGGAAACACAAGGAUUACAAGAAGAACUGGGGUGACCACGGUCAACACAAGAAAAAUAAUGAAAAAUGGGGAAAGGAGAAAUACGAUGAUGGACACCACUGGGCCCACAAAAACCACAAACAUGGUUGGGACAAACAACAUGGCUGGGGACAUGGUGGCCACGAAUAUUAAACUAGACCAAUCUAACUAAUAUAAUCUUGUAAUUAGACUACUCAUAAAGCUGACAACAAUCUCAAACAUCGACCAAACAUAUCCAGUAAUGGUUAAAAUAGUGUUCACUGCCUUUAGACCAUUCAAUUAUGUUAACAAUCAUGACCACAAUCGAUACCCUUUACAAGCAAACUUUGAUGAUUUGGUGUUUUGCUUUAUUUCCGUCAGCAAACAUUUUACAUUCAAGGUUCAACUGUUUGUGCGUGCCAGAUAAACCCCAAAAAAAUCCUCUCCUUACUCUUCUCCUAACCUCUCCUUGCCCAAUUGAACAACAUCUUUCUGAUUUAACUUGAAAAUCGAUCAAUGGUUAACUUGAUGUUAUUACCUUUUGUUGAAAUAUGAAUGGAAUGUUUUUUCUCUGUUAAACCUUUAACUCUUUUAAAUAUUCACAUGUAAUACCAAGAUGAGACUUUCAAAUCUCACAAUUUUCAUCAUUUCAUGGCAACUCUAUUCAUUUUGUAUUUAUAUGAUUGCCCUUUUGACCAAGGGUUCAAAAAA